GCCGUCACAGCCUUAGCCGCCACUGCUUCAUUCUGCGCCACAACAAACGUCUGCUUCCAAUGGGGCGUACCAGACGCCUCCGCAAAGGCCGGCUCUGGCAAUGUUUACUUCCAGCUCAAAGCUCCCACCUCUGAGCAAUGGGUCGGCCUCGGCAUCGGCAGCUCCAUGCCCGACUCCAAAAUGUUCAUCAUGUACCAGGAUGGCAAGGGAAACGUCACGCUGAGCACGCGACCCGGCGCGAACCAUGUUAUGCCAAUCUACAAGCCGAGAAACGAUGUCACGCUCUUGAGCGGCUCUGGAGUAGUGGACGGCAAUAUGGUUGCCAAUGUCAGGUGCGGCGGCUGCACAGAUAUUGAUUUGGCGGGCUCGACGGACUGGAUUGCGGCUUGGAAGUCCGGUUCGGCGCUAGAUGAGACGAGCCCUUCGGCAGUGCUCAUACAGCAUGACGAUACGAGCCAGUUCAGCGUCAACAUGUCUACUGCUAGCAUCAGCUCCGACUCUAACCCUUUCGUGGGAACUGCUUCGAGCUCCAACUCCGGUGGCACCCCUGGCGCUGUCACCGUUAUCGGAUCUAGCGACUCCUCAACCCAGACCCUCGGUUGCGCCCACGGAAUCAUAAUGUCCAUUGUAUUCAUCUGCCUCUACCCCGUUGGUGCUGUUAUCAUGCUGCUAAUAGGAAAGUGGUACCUUCACGCUGCUUGGCAAAUGAUCGCUUUCUUGGGCAUGUGGGCAGGAUUUGGCCUCGGUGUUACCGCCGCUAAACGUCUCGAUAUUUUUUUUGACCAGACCCACACUCGAAUGGGCACCAUUAUCGUAGUCCUUCUUGCCCUCCAGCCUAUCUUUGGAUGGCUUCACCACGGUUACUAUGUUAAGAACCAGUCUCGCGGCGCUAUUAGCUACGUCCACAUCUGGUAUGGUCGCACCCUGUUGAUUAUUGGCACCAUCAAUGGCGGUUUGGGUCUGCAGCUUGCCAACCAGUCAAAAGGCUUCAUUAUUGCAUACUCCGUCGUUGCUGGAGUUAUCAUCCUUAUAUACCUUGCCUCU